AUUUCACUCGGGCACUCCUGGGACAGGCUGAUCUUCAGUGUUGAAAGCAUGUUCUCAAGGUCUUUAGUUCGUUAGACAUUUAUAUUUCACAUUCCGAAUGUUUUAAAAUGUAAGCCUUUUAGGAAACACAGCUCUUCUGGGGCGAUGUUUUGCGAAGAACUCAGUUUCCCAGAACGCCCCUGAGCUGCCAGUACUUGUUGGCGGAAAAUAAGCUGUACAUUAGCUUUAAAUGCUGAAUGAAAAGUUUAUGGAAAGAAGGUUUGAAAUCACAGUCGGUCGGUUCAUCCACUUUUCUCACCUGGAAGGACGUAGCAGUGAAAUUUUGCACCUGGAAAACUCCGUUUGCCAAGACAAGAUGAUUUUCCUGUGAUGAGAAGAAACCCGUUAGUGCUGAUUUUUUUACGCUUUGGACAUUAAAAAAAUCGUAGCAAUACGCGACAUGACUGAGGAAGUGUGUGGAGCCGCAGGCGCGAUCAGGCCCAUAGACCGGCGCUCCGUGCAUCAGAUCUGCUCUGGCCAGGUGGUGCUGAACCUGGCCACCGCCGUGAAGGAGCUGGUGGAGAACAGCAUAGACGCAGGAGCCACUAACGUCGAGAUCAAGCUGAGGGAGUACGGAACGGAGCUCGUGGAGGUGUCGGAUAACGGCAAAGGGGUGGAGGAGGCGAACUUCGAAGGGCUAGCUCUGAAGCACCACACCUCCAAGCUGCAGGAGUUCUCGGAUUUGGUUCACGUGGCAACGUUUGGUUUCCGGGGAGAAGCUCUGAGCUCCCUCUGUGCCCUGAGCCAGCUCAGCGUGGUGACCUGCCACGAGUCGGCCGGAGUGGGCACCCGGCUGGGGUUCGACCGGGACGGGCGGCUGACCCAGAGGAGCCCCCAGCCCCGCCAGCAGGGCACCACCGUGACCCUGCAGCAGCUCUUCCACACUCUGCCAGUGCGCCACAAGGAGUUCCAGCGCAACAUCAAGAAAGAGUACGCCCGCAUGGUGCAGGUCCUGCAGGCCUACUGCAUCGUCUCCACGGGGGUGCGCAUCACCUGCACCAACCAGACGGGCCAGGGCAAGCGCAGCCUCGUGCUCAGCACCAGCAGCAGCCAGAGCAUGAGGGACAACAUUGGCUCAGUGUUCGGAUCUAGACAGGUAGGUGUAAUCACUGUGAUUGUUUUACCCCAUUACGUAGCAUUCUGCUGCUUUAAAAACAUUUCUUUUGCCAAAAGCAAGGACAUGUUUGCGAAGAUGGAGAUCAUAGGCCAGUUUAACCUGGGGUUCAUCAUCACCAAGCUGGACUCGGACAUCUUCAUGAUCGAUCAGCACGCCACGGACGAGAAGUACAACUUCGAGAUGCUGCAGCAGCACACUGUUCUGCAGGGACAGAGGCUCAUUGUCCCCCAGAAACUACAUCUGACUGCGGUCAAUGAGACCAUACUGAUGGAAAACUUGGAAAUCUUCCGAAAGAAUGGCUUCGAGUUCCUCAUCGAUGAGGAUGCUCCGGCGAUGGACAGGGUCAAGCUGGUCUCGCUGCCCACCAGCAAGAACUGGACCUUCGGGCCGGCGGACAUCGAGGAGCUCGUCUUCAUGCUGAGCGACAGCCCCGGCGUCAUGUGCCGGCCGUCCCGUGUCAGACAGAUGUUCGCCUCCAGGGCUUGCCGGAAAUCCGUGAUGAUCGGCACGGCGCUCAACGCCAGUGAGAUGAGGAAGCUGGUGACCCACAUGGGCGAGAUCGAACACCCCUGGAACUGCCCACACGGCAGGCCGACCAUGAGACACCUGGCCAACCUGGACAUGAUCUCCCAGGACUGAGCUGCAGCUGCUGACUGCUUGAGGCUCUCUGGCCGUAAUCCUGCCUGACUGAAUAUUUACCUUGCUGGAGCUCUGCUGGGCUGAAUAAUAUUCUUACCUCUCGGUUCAUUUAGAACAGGACCAGAGCCUGUCUGUAGCCGGACAGGCGUGGUCUAAUUACUGGCUUUGCUUUCUGGCUGGCUAGCUCUUCGCUUGAGGUGUCCUCAGCUGAUAGUCCAGUGUGUGGUCCUGUGCUCUCCUGAGAAACGCCAGCGGUUCUGCUUCUUUAAGGACCUGUGUUGGAGUCAGGGAGUCAGGGGACGGCACAUGUCUGUGUGCCGUACGAGCCAGUUCGGAUGUUGGCAACAGCACUGCCCUGCUUCAGCUUCCAUCUGCCCACACCUGGGUACAGGACAACCGCCGGACACCUGCUACACGCUGGCAGACACUGCUGAGGCUGACUGGAGUUCCUCUGAGGAGGAUUAGUCAGUCGUUAACUGAGCUUUAGAAGUACUUUUUU